AUUGACAUUUAGGGAUGUGAUUGUAGAAUUCUCUCUGGAGGAGUGGCAGUGCCUGGACACUGUUCAGCGGAAUUUAUAUAGGGAUGUGAUGUUAGAGAACUACAGAAACCUGGUCUUCCUGGGUAUUGCUGUCUCUAAGCCAGACAUGAUCACCUGUCUGGAGCAAGGAAAAGAGCCCUGGAAUAUGAAGAGAUUUGAGAUGGUGGCCAAACCCCCAGUUAUGUGUUCUCAUUUUGCUGAAAACCUUUGGCCAGAGCAAGACAUGAAAGAUUUUUUCCAAAAAGUCAUACUGAGGAGAUAUGAGAAAUGUGGACAUGAGAAUUUACAACUAAGAAAAGGCUGUAAAAGUAUGGAUGAAUGUAAGGUGUGCAGAGGAGAUUUUAAUGGACUUAACCGAUGUCUGAUAACUAUCAAGAGCAAAUUAUAUCAAUGUGAUAAAUAUGUGAAAGCCUUUUAUAAAUUUUCAAAUUCAGUUAGACAUAAGAUAAGACACACUAAAAAGAAAAUAUUAAAAUGUGAAGAAUGUGGCAAAUCGUUUUGCAUGCUUUCACAACUAACUCUACAUAAGAGAAAUCAUAUUAGAGAGAAUUCCCACAAAUGUGAAGAAUGUGGAAAAGCGUUUAACCGGUCGUCAUACCUUACUCGACAUAAGAGAAUUCACAGUGGAGAGAAACCCUGCAAAUGUGAAGAGUGUGGCAAGGCCUUUAACCGGUCCUCAUACCUUACUCGACAUAAGAGAAUUCACAGUGGAGAGAAACCCUGCAAAUGUAAAGAAUGUGGCAAAACCUUUAACCAGUCUUCAUACCUUUCUCGACAUAAAAUAAUUCAUAGUGGAGAGAAACCUUACAAAUGUGAACAAUGUGGCAAAGCCUUUAACCGAUCUUCACACCUUACUAGACAUAAGAUAAUUCAUACUGGAGAGAAACCCUACAAAUGCGAACAGUGUGGCAAAGCCUUUAACCGAUCCUCAUACCUUACCCAACAUAAGAGAAUUCAUACUGGAGAGAGACCCUACAAAUGUAAAGAAUGUGGCAAAGCCUUUAAUGACUUCUCAGCCCUUACUCGACAUAAGACCAUUCAUACUGGAGAGAAACCCUACAAAUGUAAAGAAUGUGGCAAAGCCUUUAAUUACUUCUCAACUCUUGCUCGACAUAAGAUAAUUCAUACUGGAGAGAAACCUUACAAAUGUGAACAGUGUGGCAAAGCCUUUAACUGGUCUUCACACCUUACUCGACAUAAGAUAAUUCAUACUGGAGAGAAACCUUACAAAUGUGAACAGUGUGGCAAAGCCUUUAACUGGUCUUCACACCUUACUCAACACAAGAGAAUUCAUACUAGAGAGAAACCCUAUAAAUGUAAAGAAUGUGGCAAAGCCUUUAAGCAGUCCUCAACUUUAACUCAACAUAAGAUUAUUCAUACUGGAGAGAAACCCUACAAAUGUGAAGAAUGUGGCAAAGCCUUUAACGACUUCUCAACACUCACUCAACAUAAGAUAAUUCAUACUGGAAAGAAACCAUACAAGUGUAAAAAUGUGGCAAAGGAUAAGAUAAUUUAUACUAGAAAGAAACCCUACAAAUGUGAAGAAUGUGGCAAACCUUUUAAUUGUUUCUCAAACUUGACUGUACAUAAGAGAAUUCAUGCUAGAGAGAACCCCAACAAAUGAGAAGAAUGUGGCAAUGCUAAAUGUGUCAAAGCUUUUAAGGGUUCCUCAGUCUUUACUAAACAUAAGGGAAUUCAUAAUAGAGAAUCCUACAAAUCUGAAGAAUGUGGGCUGGCUUUUAACAAAUCAUCAACAUUUACUAAGCACAAAAUAAGCUAUACUGAAAAAAAACUUUUCAAAUGUAAAGAAUGUGGCAAAUCAUUUUGCAUGCUUUCGCAUCUAACUCAACAUAAAAUAAUUCAUACCAGAGUGAAUUUCUGCAAAUGUGAAAAAUGUGGAAAAGCCUUUAAGUGGCCUUUAAUCAUCACUAAACAUAAGACAAUUUGUACUGCAGAGAAACCCUACACAUGUGAUAAAUGUGGAAAAGCCUUGAACAGGUCCUCACGCCUUACUACACAUAAAAAAAUUGAUACUGGACACAAACUCUACAAAUGUGAAGAAUGUGGCAAAGCCUUUAACUGGCCCUCAACUCUUACUAAGCAUAAGAGAAUUCAUACUGGAGAGAAACCCUACACAUGUGAAGAAUGUGGCAAAGCCUUUAACCAGUUCUCAAACCUUACUACACAUAAGAGAAUACAUACUGCAGAGAAAUUCUACAAGUGUACAGAAUGUGGUGAAGCUUUUAGCCGGUCCUCAAACCUUACUAAACAUAAGAAAAUUCAUACUGAAAAGAAACCUUACAAAUGUGAAGAAUGUGGCAAAGCUUUUAAGUGGUCCUCAAAGCUUACUGAACAUAAGUUAACUCAUACUGGAGAGAAACCCUACAAAUGUGAAGAAUGUGGCAAAGCCUUUAACUGGCCCUCAACUCUUACUAAACAUAACAGAAUUCAUACUGGAGAGAAACCCUACAAAUGUGAAGAAUGUGGCAAGGCCUUUAAUCAGUUCUCAAACCUUACUACACAUAAGAGAAUUCAUACUGCAGAAAGACCCUACAAAUGUGAAGAAUGUGGCAAAGCUUUUAGCCGGUCCUCAAACCUUACUAAACAUAAGAAAAUUCACAUUGAAAAGAAACCCUACAAAUGUGAAGAAUGUGGCAAAGCUUUUAAGUGGUCCUCAAAGCUUACUGAACAUAAGAUAACUCAUACUGGAGAGAAACCCUACAAAUGUGAAGAAUGUGGCAAAGCUUUUAAUCAUUUCUCAAUUCUUACCAAACAUAAGAGAAUUCACACUGGAGAGAAACCCUACAAAUGUGAAGAAUGUGGCAAAGCUUUUACCCAGUCUUCAAACCUUACUACACAUAAGAAAAUUCAUACUGGUGAGAAAUUAUACAAAUGUGAAGAAUGUGGCAAAGCUUUUACCCAAUCUUCAAAUCUUACUACACAUAAAAAAAUUCAUACUGGAGGAAAACCCUACAAAUGUGAAGAAUGUGGCAAAGCUUUUAACCAGUUCUCAACUCUUAGUAAACAUAAGAUAAUUCACACUGAAGAGAAACCCUACAAAUGUGAAAAAUGUGGCAAAGCCUUUAAAUGGUCCUCAACCCUUACUAAACAUAAGAAGAUUCAUACUGGAGAGAAGCCCUACAAAUGUGAAGAAUGUGGCAAAGCUUUUAAACUAUCCUCAACCCUUUCUACACAUAAGAUUAUUCAUACUGGAGAGAAACCCUUCAAAUGUGAAAAAUGUGGUAAAGCUUUUAAUCGAUCCUCAAACCUUAUUGAACAUAAGAAAAUUCAUACUGGAGACCAACCCUACAAAUGUGAACAGUGUGGCAAAGCAUUUAACUAUUCCUCACACCUUAAUACACAUAAGAGAAUUCAUACUAAAGAGCAACCCUACAAAUGUAAAGAAUGUGGCAAAGCUUUCAACCAAUAUUCAAACCUUACUACACAUAACAGAAUUCAUACUGGAGAGAAACUCAACAAACCUGAGGCUGUGACAGUGAUUUUGACAACACCAAAAACUUUAUAAAACAAAUUAUACUGGUGUGAAAUCCUAGAAAUGCAAAGAAUGUGACAAAGCCUUUAAAUGGUUGUCACACUUGAUUGUAGGUAAGGUCAUUUAUAAUGGUGUAAACAACUACAAGUAUGAAGAACGUGGCAAACCUUUUAAUUCUCAUACCUUAUUGCAUGGGAAUUAGUUUUUAUUUUAGAAAAGGUAUACACAAAAGAAUGGAAAAACCAUUAAUAUCUGCUCAUAUCUUACUCAACAUUAGAGCGUCUGCACUUAAUAAAACCAUUAUAAAUGCAA